ACAGAUACUAGAGGUCAUUACUGACCUCUAGUGUCUGUACGUCGCUGCUAUGGCAGAGAUCUCAUGACGUCUCUCCCAUAGUGAUCUAUUCAUGAAGCAUUGAAAAGUGUGUUAAAGUGAGCCAGUGGAGAAGUUGUCCAUGGCAACCAAUCCGCUGAUAUGUAUAAUGUAUAAUGUAAAAUAUUUCAUAAAAGAAAAAAAAUAUGAAAAAAAAAAAUCUCAAACACGUUGUGAUUCACAAUGAAGGCAGGAAAGUGAUCGUACCCUUAUAUUUGGUGUGAGCCGCAGGUGUUGAGAAAGCAGUAGGCUCCAGAGUUUAGAAUCACAAAUGUUACCCAAAGCAUGCAGAGAUUGUCCGUCUUGAUUAUGGAAUAAGGCACAGCAUGGCAAACCAACGCGUUUCUGGACUAUGCUGUCCCUUUUUCAAGGUCUAUAUCAGGUUUGAAUAAUUUUAACAUUGAUGGGGAGAAACAGAUGGUUUACUACCAUCGAUGGAUGUUUCAAGGCUAGUGAAUUAUUUGGCAUCUAAGUAUCAGUGCAUGGCUCCAGAUAAAUUGAAAACAUAAUUCUUAAUUAAUAAAUGAUUAAUAGAAAAAAAUUAUAGAACAUAUAUAUAGAAUUAUUUAGUAAAUCUUUGUCUUUAUUUAGAUUGUCUUAGUUUUAAAAAAUGGCAGAGGGUGGUAGCAGAAAACGAACCUCACUUACUCAAGAUGAAGCUGAAACAUCUCACAGUCAGAAGAGUCACAGUGAUGCUUCUCAUGAUGAAUAUGAAUCUCCUGAUGAAGGAAGCAUCCACAGGGCCCCAAAGUUCACAGAUGAUGAAACAGACACCCUCAUUGACCAAGUUAUUCAUCAUACAUGUCAGCUAUUUGGUCCCGAAGCUUUUAAUGUACACCAGAAAUUUAAAAAUAAUACUUGGGAAGAAAUAGCAAAAUCUGUGUCUACAGCUCGAGAUAUACAUCGAACUCCUGAAAGCUGCAAAAAGAGACUACGUGACUGUAAGAGGAAGACAAAUCAUAAAAUAAAGUGUAGAAGAAAACUCCAAAAGGUUUGGGAGAAAAAACUAGAAGAGCACUUUAGAAUGGUACAAGAUGACGAGAGGCCACCCACUGGUUCCCAGGAACUUAAGGUUGCUCAAGAAAAAAAUCAAAAGAAAACACAUAAGAAAAAGCAGAAGAAUUUGGAAGAGCAACAGUCUGGUUCCUUUACAACAAUUUCAAGGAAAGUUUCUUUUUCUGAAACAAAAACAGUUAUGACAGACAAUUUUCCUCCAACUGCGGAUGAACCAUCAGUGAUGCCACAUAUUUUAACAUUGGACAAUCCUUCCAUGGUGGACGAACCAUCAAUGCUGCAUCAUGAUGCAACAGCGGACCAUGCUACCAUGUUGGACCAACCAUCAAUGCUGCAACAUACUUCGACAGUGGAUGAUACUUCCUUUGUGGCCGAACCAUCAAUGCUGAAACAUUCGGCAAGAGUGGAUGAUCAUUCCACGGCGGACCAAACAUCAAUGAUGCAAGAAUAUUCUUCUGUGGUUCAAAGUUCCACUACGGUAGAGACUUCCACGGUAAAUGAAACAUCCAUGAGGCAAGAACAAUCAACAAUGGAUGAUCCUUUCAUGGAGGAAGAAAAUUCAACCAUGCUAAACCCUUUAAUGUUAGAUAAAGCCAUAGAAAGCAACAUGGUGACUGCCACACAGACACAGGAUAACAUUAAUGAGGAGCCUGUAUUGCACAGCCAGAAAAGUAAUAUUGAUACAGAAGAUACCAACCAGGUGGAAUUGAAUGCAGAGACUGCACAUUCUAGUGUAAUUGACCAUGGUCUUCAAGACCAAUUCCUGGACUCUACAAAUCAAGAACUUUUUAUACACACAGAAUGUGACGUUAGCAGAUCACAAACCAUUAGCCAACAGGAUUCUUUAAAGGAAACCAUGCAGCUAAUUGAGAGGAAUAGAAAUGAAGAAAUGAAAAAAAUUGAACAUCAAAUAAAUCAGCUGAAUAAUAAUAUACAGAUUCUCAACACAACACAAAGACAACAGAAUCAAGCACUUGUCACUCUUGCAAAUUUUUACGAUCAUCUUGUUUCAUCACAGAAUGUGGCAGCAAUCAACUACCAACAGAUGCAGCACAGUAUAAAUCAAAUGCUAGCAUGGCAGUAUGAGACUAUUACCAUCACACGCAUGAUUUCCACUUUCAUGCAACUGUUGACAGAAGAAAGACAAAGAAUGUCCAGAUCAGAUAAUCCUUCUUGUAUAUCCAAUGCUACAGCAGGAACCUUUGUAUCCAGCUGUACACGUGGAGACUAUGUAACAAGCUCUACACACAGAGAGUAUGCAACGAGCGCUGCACCUGGAACCUAUCUAUACACCACUUUACCAGGAGAAUCUGUAUCCACCCCUGCAGCAGGAACAGAUAGCAUUCCUCUUGUAGAAGGAACCAAACGACAUGAAGGUUCAUCAGCCAUAGUUGAAAUACGAAUGAGUUUUCUAUUUAUUAAAUGUGUUCUGAGGCAAGGACCUAAAGAAAAAUACAGAGAUGAGAGGUUGAAAAAACUACACAAUCUAUUUGACAAUAUUGAAAAUGAGAUUGUACCAGCUGAUGAAGAUUUAGAUAAUCUAUUGCACAGAUUGGAAAAUACCCUCAUUAAAGAGAAUAGGAUUUGGUGGGAGGUAGUCACCUUGGAGAAAUAUCUAGCCUCCAAGAUGAUUCCAAAGGGCCUAAGAAUAACUAAACAAGCCAGCUUUACAACAUCCACAGAGGGUUUUAAACAGAAAUGGGAUAUGAUUAUUGAAAAUUGUUCCUUUGAUCUGAUGCAAUUGAUUAUAGAUGAAAGGAAAAAUGAUUUGAAAAAUUUAGAUGAGGUGAUCCGUGAGUUUAAAAAAUGA